AUGUCUGCCGAGAAGCAUGGCGUCGAGCUCUCGCUCGAAUCCCUCGUUAGCGGAUGGAUCGGCUUCCAUCCGGACGGCGAGCGCGACCGAAAGGAGGCCGAGCGGUGGCUGCGCAGCAUGGUGACGCUCCUCGAGCGCUCCACGCUCCAGGCGAGCGACUGGGCUUUGGUCGAGAAGGAGGUCGACCGGUACAGGGAGUAUCUCGUCGAGGGCCACUGGCGGAACCUCGUCAAGACGGACGAGGCCAGCAUGCAGCACGCUCUACCCAUCCUGAGCAAGCUCGCCGGCCUCAACUCAGCACUCGCGCACGCCCGGCUCCUUCACGCAGGUACGGCAUCGCACUCGCUCGCCAGGCGGUACACCGCCGACUCGGAAGCGUACCCGCACGGGCCCUCGCACUACAAGCUGCAGCGCUCGAGGCCUUUCUAG